UUUCGUUUUGUUCUUCUAUCAUCUUGUCCUCCUGCUCAGGCCUGCUGGAAUCCCGACACGGGUUACACAAGCCCAUGCAGGCGGAUCCCCACACCUGAUGAAGUUGAGGAACCGGUUGCUUUUGGAAGUGUGGGAUUCGCACAGUAUGCAUCAGAAAACAUUUUCGUCACUCCCACACGCUCUACCCCUCUGCCGGCCCUCUGCUGGGCAAGCAGAGAUGACGUGUGGAACAACCUGCUUCGAAAAGACAAACUCUACCUGCGAGAUACACAUGUUAUGGAGAGACAUCCACAUCUUCAACCCAAAAUGAGAGCGAUUCUGCUGGAUUGGCUAAUAGAGGUUUGUGAGGUGUACAAGUUACACAGAGAGACUUUUUACUUGGGUCAAGAUUACUUUGAUCGUUUCAUGGCCACCCAAGAGAAUGUCCUCAAAACAACACUACAGCUUAUAGGCAUCUCCUGUCUCUUCAUCGCUGCCAAAAUGGAGGAAAUCUAUCCUCCUAAAGUGCAUCAGUUUGCUUAUGUUACUGAUGGGGCCUGCACAGAGGAUGACAUUCUUAGCAUGGAAAUUAUCAUCAUGAAGGAGUUGAAUUGGAGUUUGAGUCCUUUAACCCCAGUGGCUUGGCUCAACAUCUACAUGCAGAUGGCCUACCUGAAGGAGACCGCAGAAGUUCUCGUGGCCCAGUACCCACAGGCUACAUUUGUGCAGAUUGCAGAACUCUUGGAUCUGUGCAUACUGGAUGCAAGAAGUCUGGAGUUCUCUUACAGCCUUCUUGCAGCUUCCGCACUUUUCCACUUCUCUUCUCUAGAGCUAGUGAUGAAAGUUUCAGGGCUGAAGUGGUGUGACUUGGAGGAGUGUGUGAGAUGGAUGGUCCCUUUCGCCAUGUCAAUCCGUGAAGCAGGCAGCUCGGCCCUCAAGACAUUCAAAGGAAUUGCCGCAGAUGAUAUGCACAAUAUCCAGACCCACGUGCCUUACAUGGAAUGGCUGGGAAGGGUGAACUCCUAUCAGCUAGUGGACAUUGAGAGCAGUCAGAGGUCUCCAGUUCCCUCUGGAGUGCUCACCCCACCGCCAAGCAGUGAGAAGCCCGAGAGCACGGUCUCCUGACUUCAUGAAGUGUGGAAUAGGACACAGCCCUGACAGAUGAGUUUAAAUGGAAAAUCAACAAAUCAAUGGCAUUACAGGACCAAUCCAACCAUCAGCAUACGACUCGAAAGACCAAAAAAUGUCUCAUGCUUCUUAUUUUAAUUUUUUUGUUUUCUCAUGAGAAGAAAGACAUGAAAUACUUUUUUUAAUGGUCCAAAGGUUUGGUGUUUAUUUUUUAGUUAAUAUAGACUACCUGCCAAAAUCUCAGAGCUGUUACUGGCUCUGGUUGCUGCUAAAAGAGGGUGGGACUGGAGCAGAUGGAAAGAGGACCACAGAGAUCCCCACACAAAUAUGGGCAUGGGUUUCUGGGGCUCAGGUUGCCAUUUGGACCAGUAAUAUCCUGACAGGUUGUCCUGGGGAUUCGAGUCUCCACUGCCAGAAAGGACCAGAGAAAUCACCAGCUUCAGAAGCUAGGACUCGGAUUUUAUAUUUAAGAUUUUCCACUGGUCGCCUCCUGUGUGUUUGUAACCAAAUUUGACAAUUCGCUUUUUAUAGGUUUGUUUUUAAACAAGAUGCUGCUACAUUUCUCUAUAUCAUAUGUCUAAAUAAAGCCACUGUCUCAGACAGUUUUUAAGUAUA